GAGGUCGUCGCCCGUCGAGGGAAAAUAGAAAAUUUACACCUGCCUGCCACCUCGAACUGGCUAACCGCGCACGCCUCCGUAGCCCGAGCCCGUUCCGGUUCCGCCGUGGAUCGCUGGAGGAGAGGGUUACCGGCCGGACCCUCUCGGGCCAGAUGGUGGGCGACCCCCGCGGCGGGGGCGAGUAGCACGGCUGCGAGCGGCGGCGGCGGCGGCGGACAGAUCGACGAAGCGGCGAGGCUGUGGGUGCCACCAUGUCUGCCGUAGUGUGCGGCAAGAGGUCCUCCAUCUUCGGCGACGAGCUUAUCCCCUCCUCACCCCCUUCCCCUCCCCACCACCACCCCUCCAAGCGGGCCCGCUGCUCCCCGACCCGCGCCUUCGACGACGCCUACCGGCGGGAGACUCUCCUCCACCACCUCCACUCCCUCUUCCCUCACAUGGAUCCCAAGCUGCUUGAAAGAGCUCUUGAGGCAUCUGGAGAUGAUUUGGAUUCUGCAAUAAGGAGUUUGAAUGACCUUCACCUGGAGUCAGCAGAGGUUAUCUUAUCAGCUGCUGUUUGUGAAUCUGAGAAUGGCCUGUCAACAGCCCUUAAGUCAACGGCCGAAGGUGGUUGUACAGGUGGUGUUAGUAAUGGCCAUUUGGAUGCUAUUUCUGGAAAUUCACCCAAGGCAGGUAAUUGUCAGACAAAUCAUAGCUCUGAAUGGGUUGACCUAUUUGUCAGAGAGAUGACAAGCGCCUCUGACAUAAAUGAUGCACGGGCCCGUGCAUCAAGAGCAUUGGAGGUAAUUGAAAUGUCAAUCCUGGAGCGAGUAGGACCCGAGGUAGUGCAGAACUUGUCUAAGGAAAAUGUGAUGCUAAAGGAGCAGCUAGCAAUAAUUCUGCGAGAGAAUGCUGUUCUCAAACGGGGGGUUGCAAUCCAACAUGAGCGCCAAAAAGAGUUCGAUGUUAGGACACAGGAGGUUCAGAACCUGAAGCAAUUGGCUUUGCAGUAUCAGGGGCAACUUAAAACUCUCGAGAUAAAUAAUUAUGCACUUAGGGUGCAUCUCCAGCAGGCUCAGCAGAACAGUUCAAUGCCUGGGAGUUUCCAUCCUGAUGUCUGCUAAUGUGCCUUGAGGGCCAUAUCCCUCUCAUACUAGAAUUAUGCCCUAGUAUCUUAUGACCCGAGGGAUCCAACUAUUGGUCCUGAUAUGUGUGCACUCGAUGCCUAUAGAGGCCAAAAGAUCAAAUGUACCAAUUUACCAUGAAGACUUGUUGUAUGAUAUGCGCAACAGUGAAUCAUUGAUGUCAAAAUAAAAAACAAAGAAUCAUGUGCUCCAGGAAAGCUCGGAAGAAAUAAUGUGUUGAGGCUGAAAGUGCUCCUUGCCUAAUGUACACCUUGUAACAGUAGCUUUAUGUGUGAAUUGCGAGGAAAAUGUAUUAUCGUCAGAUGUAAUGCAAAGCAUCAAACGACAAGAUGUAUUAACAGUAGUCUUGAUGAAUCC